UCUGUUUGUUUUGUCAUAUUCAUUAUUUUUUAGAUUCCACAUUAUGUAGAAUAUUUGUCUUUGACAUAUCAUUUUUCAUGUAGUUUAAAUAUGUGAUUCUCAAAUGGAGGAGAAAUUGCCCCUUAGGAAACAUUUGGCAAUGUCUGGAGACAUUUUUAACAGUCACACAACUUGACAGGGGAAGCAUGUAAUAGGUUGAGAUCAGAGAUGAUGCUAAAACAUCCUAUAAAGCACAGCCUCCACAGUAAAGAAUUAUCAGGCCCAAUAUGUUAAUCAUGUCAAACUAGAGAUUUGUCCUAGAUGCCAAUAUGUUAUCAAUUGUAUGUGUUGUAAAUAUUUUUCCCAGUUUGUUGGUAUCUUCAUUUUUCCUGUGGUACUUUUUGAUGAUAAGAAAUUCUUAAUUUUAAUAUAUUUAAGCUAUCGAUCUUUUCUUUUAUGGACUAUGCUUUUGUCUUUGAUUUAAGAAAGUUCUCCAGGCUUUAAGGAUAGAGACAUUCCAAUGAAAUGUUCCAUAAGUUUUAAAUUUUGCUUUUCUAUAUUUAAGCCUUUGAUUACAUUUGUUUAUAACCUACGAGUCCAAAAUUAACUUUUAUAUAAAGAAAUGAGGACUAUUUAUUUAAAAUCCAUCUUAUCCCCACUGGGUUACAAUGCUGUCAAAACUGAAGUUUGCAAAAAUGGGCUUAUUUCUAGUUGUCUAUUUUUAUCUUUUUAUCUGGAGGCUAAAGUUGUUUUUACUUUCUAAUAAAAGAAAAAUUGAAUCCCAAGAGUUUUAAGGUUUUCACGAAUUUCAUGAAAGUAGAUUUUAGAAGCUUUUUUAAAAGGUAUUUCUCUGUCUUUUCUAGAGAUACAAAAAGAAGGGAAUUUGAUGUUAUAUUGAAUACCAAGACCAAAUACUUCUCAAAUUAUUAUAAAAUGAACUCAUUAAUUUCACUGAAAGUUGUUUCACUUCUCCACAAACUACACUGCCUACAGUAUACAUUUCACAAAGGUUGGAAACCCAUUUAUUGUCUGGCAAAAUGAAAGACUUUCCUCAAAUAUUUUUUAACAUCUAUAUUUAACCUUAUACAUCAUCCAACUCUUUUAUCUAGGGGUUGUAACAGAAAUAUCCAUUUUCUUUCCUCCAUAGUAAGAAAGACCAUUUCCUAACUGCUGAGAAACUGGCUCUUAAGGACAUUCCCGACCAGAUCAUUCCUGGAAAGGAAUCCAUCUCUCAAAGAACAUUCACACCUGUCAAUCAACCUCAGCCAUCAGCUUUCAAAUCCAGUUGCUCUGAAGCCAGUGGCAAAACUAUUCACAGGGUGAAGCAGAGAUGAAAUAUAUGUAAACAUCUUUGUUUCCUUUUCUCUUUUCUAACAUUUCCCCUUUCAUUCUCAUUUAGCCCACAUAAGCUCCAAACUAGUAUUCAAUAACACUGAAGUGGGAUCAUUUUAUUAAAAGAAACUAUACCUUGGAAUUGAGGUAAGUCAGAAGCAGAAAUAUAAAUACACUGAUUCAGAAAAUAAUUCAGCAUUGGGACAAAAACUUUUCCAGGAAAGGAACGUUUUUUCAAUUUUUUCCUUUGGGAAAAUACUCUGGAAAUGAUUCCCUUUUUAAACAAGUAUUUGCUACUGCUUGUUAUUCUUUUUUUCUUGAAUAUUCUUGAAAUGAUUAUCAACUAAUAAUGCGAUUAAUCUGGAGCUUCAAGUAUGGGUUUAAGGGAAAAUGAGAAGGGGUUUUCUAUAGUGACAGCACUUUCCAUGAUACCUACUUUGAUAUCUGAUCACCAUAAAGAUUGACAACUCAUGGCAAAGCAAUGAUGUACAGUGGUCAUUAAAUACUCUAGUUGGACAGCGUGUCUCUAGCUGAUUACCAUGUCUGGGAUCAGGUGGCAGUUAAACCCAAGGGGGCUAAGAGGAUUUACCAUACAUACAGCUCUCAGAUUCUAUCAAAUUUGUUACAUCUGGAGCACUGUUUAGAACCAUGUAGCAGAAAGACGUUUACUCAAAACUCAAAAGAGACCUCUACUUACCAAAUGGCUGUACAUACCUCUUUCAGAUAGAGAGUAUAGAUCUCUGGUGGUCUUAUAAGGAAAUUUUCAUAAACAAGAUUUGUAAGUUUCCAGCUCAUUUAAACACAUUAAAUACGCAAUUUCCUAAAAAUUGCAAAGGCAAAUAGGAGCUGCUCUAGGAGCAAUGUAGAAGUAUGCAAUGCUGCAAGUAAACUGGACUGAGAAAUCAGUUUGUUUUGCAGGGACAUCCUCCCCUCCAAGUUGAGGCCAGGAACACAGGAUUAUAUGUGAGGGGAAAAAAAAGACAAAGCCAAAAGCAUAAAAAGUCCUACAACCAUCAGACAUAAACACACAGCCUGUUUUAUGUGGAAGAUUACGAUCACGCUGCGAGUUUUUACCUGCCAGGCAAAGGGGACCCCCUGAAUCUCCAGUUGAAGGAAGUAGCAGCAGUCAUGGUCCAUGCUCCUGAGAAUAAUCGGGUCUCCCAUGGGAGCUGCACCUGAUCUGUACCUGUUUACUUUUGCCUCAAACUGCUCACAUGCAGACUAGGAAGGCCUGCAGCUGAAACAUCACAAUCACAUGGACAACAAUGCCAGGAGAACAGGAAAGGCCACCAUCCACAUAAAAUUCACACUGAAGGUGCUGCCCAAGGGCUUAGACCAGGGCAACGAUAUAAGCUGUGAGCCCUAAAAGAGAUCCUUCCCUACCCAGCCUCCACACAGACUUGGAACAGCCAAGUGGUACAUGUGAAUGUGAAGUAGGGUUUAGCAGUUACCAUUUCCACUAAAUUAUUGAAAAUAAAUUGAGGGCACCUUAGCUCUUUAUAUGCCAUCAUAUAUAUCCGGCUCAAGCUUAAAACACUAUGAAAUUUUAGUCUGAACGUCAGAAAAUCUAAAAUGGGACAACGCGGCGAUUCUUGCUCCCCACGCCCAGGAGGAAACAUUUUUCGAGUCACUGGACUUGGAAACGACUCCACCGUGAGAGCUGUCAAAUGCUGUUGAAUCAACUGAGAGAAAUCACAGGCAUUCAGGACCCUUCUUUUCUUCAUGAAGCUCUGAAGGCCAGUAAUGGUGACAUCACCCAAGCAGUCAGCCUUCUCACUGAUGAAAGAGUUAAAGAGCCCAGCCAAGAGACUGCUGCAGAACCAUCUGAAGAAGAGGGGAGUGCUGCCAGCAAAGAGGAAUUAACAAAAGUGAUAGACCUUACUCACGAUAGCAAGGAUGAUCUUCAGGCUGCCAUUGCUUUGAGUCUACUGGAGUCCCCCAAAAUUCAAACUGAUGGAAGAGAUCUUAACAGGAUGCACGAGGCAACCUCUGCGGAAACGAAACGCUCCAAGAGAAAACGUUGUGAAGUCUGGGGAGAAAAUCCCAAUCCCAAUGACUGGAGACGAGUUGAUGGUUGGCCAGUUGGGUUGAAAAAUGUUGGCAAUACAUGUUGGUUUAGUGCUGUUAUUCAGUCUCUGUUUCAAUUGCCUGAAUUCCGAAGACUUGUCCUCAGCUAUAGUCUACCACAGAACGUACUUGAAAAUUGUCCAAGUCACACGGAAAAGAGAAAUAUCGUGUUUAUGCAGGAGCUUCAGUAUUUGUUUGCUCUGAUGAUGGGAUCAAAUCGCAAGUUUGUAGACCCUUCUGCAGCCCUGGACCUCUUAAAGGGAGCGUUCCGAUCACCCGAGGAACAGCAGCAAGAUGUGAGUGAGUUCACACACAAGCUCCUGGAUUGGCUGGAGGACGCCUUCCAGCUAGCUGUCAAUGUUAAUAGCAAUCCCAGGAACAAAUCUGAAAAUCCAAUGGUGCAGCUGUUCUAUGGUACUUUCCUCACUGAAGGGAUUCGUGAAGGAAAGCCCUUUUGUAACAAUGAGACCUUCGGCCAGUACCCCCUUCAGGUAAACGGCUACCGUAACUUAGACGAGUGUUUAGAAGGGGCCAUGGUGGAGGGUGACGUUGAGCUGCUUCCUUCCGAUCAUGCAGUGAAGUACGGACAAGAGCGUUGGUUUACAAAACUACCUCCAGUGUUGACCUUUGAACUCUCAAGAUUUGAGUUUAAUCAAUCCCUGGGUCAGCCAGAGAAAAUCCACAAUAAGCUUGAAUUUCCUCAGAUCAUUUAUAUGGACAGGUAUAUGUACAGGAGCAAAGAGCUUGUUCGAAGUAAGCGAGAGUGUAUUCGAAAACUCAAAGAAGAAAUAAAAAUUCUGCAGCAAAAACUGGAAAGGUAUGUGAAAUACGGCUCGGGCCCAGCCCGGUUCCCGCUUCCGGACAUGUUGAAAUACGUAAUUGAAUUUGCCAGUACAAAACCUGCCUCAGAGAGCUCUGUGUCUCAAAGUGAUGCAUGCAUGACAGAACCACUUUCUUCAGCACACUGCCUGACUUCUGACCUGACAUCCAAGGAAAGUGCAAGUAAAGACAGCACGUCUCAGGAAGCUGAAGGAACCUUUUCUUCCUCUGAAGAUUCUGCGCACAAGUCUAAGGUGGCAGAGCAGCCACCUGCACCCCCCCGUUCUUCCGUGGAGAUGCCCGCACACCCAGCUCCUCGAACGGUCACAGAAGAGGAGAUCAGCUUUGUUAAGACGUGCCUGCAGAGGUGGAGGAGCGAGAUUGAACAGGACAUACAAGACUUAAAGAACUGUAUUGCAAGCACUACCCAGACUAUUGAGCAGAUGUACUGUGAUCCUCUCCUCCGUCAGGUGCCUUAUCGCUUGCAUGCAGUGCUGGUUCACGAAGGACAGGCAAACGCGGGACACUACUGGGCCUACGUAUACAAUCAGCCGCGGCAAGUCUGGCUCAAGUACAACGACAUCUCUGUUACCGAGUCCUCCUGGGAGGAACUUGAGCGAGAUUCCUACGGGGGCCAGAGAAACGUUAGUGCGUACUGCCUGAUGUACAUUAAUGACAAGCUGCCCCACUUCAGUGCAGAGGCGGCCCCAAAUGAAUUAGAUCAGAUGUCAGGAGAAGUGGAAGCCCUUUCUGUUGAACUUAAGCAUUACAUUCAGGAAGAUAACUGGAGGUUUGAGCAGGAAGUGGAGGAAUGGGAAGAAGAGCAGUCUUGCAAAAUUCCUCAGAUGGAAUCUUCCACCAGCUCAGCAUCACAGGACUUCUCUCCAUCACAAGAGUCUUCAGUGGCCUCUUCCCACGGGGCUCGAUGCCUGUCCUCCGAGCAUGCUGUGAUCGUGAAGGAGCAGACUGCCCAGGCGAUUGCAAACACGGCACAUGCCUAUGAGAACAGUGGCGUGGAAGCUGCCCUGAGUGAGCUUAAGGAAGCUGAGCCCAAGAAGCCCAUGCCCCCGGAAACAGAGCUUGCAGAGCAGGCAGAGCAGCCCCCACAGGCUCGCGACGCAGAGUCUGCUGCCCCGCCUAACGCUGAGGUCUCUGAAGUCGAGAUCCCCAGUGUGGGAAGGAUUCUGGUUAGAUCUGAUGCAGAUGGAUAUGAUGAGGAGGUGAUGCUGAGCCCUGCCAUGCAAGGGGUCAUCCUGGCCAUAGCUAAAGCCCGUCAGACCUUUGACCGAGAUGGGUCUGAAGCAGGGCUUAUUAAGGCAUUCCAUGAAGAGUACUCCAGGCUCUAUCAGCUCGCCAAGGAGACCCCCACCUCUCACAGUGAUCCUCGUCUUCAGCACGUGCUUGUCUACUUCUUCCAAAACGAAGCACCUAAAAGGGUAGUAGAGCGGACCCUUCUGGAACAAUUUGCUGAUAAAAAUCUUAGCUAUGAUGAAAGGUCGAUCAGUAUUAUGAAGGUGGCUCAAGCAAAACUGAAGGAGAUUGGUCCAGAUGACAUGAAUAUGGAAGAGUACAAGAAGUGGCAUGAAGAUUACAGUUUGUUCCGAAAGGUGUCUGUGUAUCUCCUGACAGGCCUGGAACUCUAUCAGAAAGGAAAGUACCAAGAGGCGCUUUCCUACCUGGUGUACGCCUACCAAAGCAAUGCCGCUCUGCUGAUGAAGGGGCCCCAGCGGGGCGUGAAGGAGUCGGUGAUCGCUUUGUACCGAAGAAAAUGCCUUCUGGAACUGAAUGCCAAAGCAGCUUCUCUCUUUGAAACAAACGAUGAGCACUCUGUAACAGAGGGCAUUAAUGUGAUGAAUGAGUUGAUCAUUCCCUGCAUUCACCUUAUCAUUAAUAACGACAUCUCCAAGGAUGACCUGGAUGCCAUUGAGGUCAUGAGAAACCACUGGUGCUCUUACCUGGGGCAGGAUAUCGCAGAAAAUCUGCAGCUGUGCUUAGGGGAAUUUCUACCCAGACUUCUAGAUCCUUCUGCAGAAAUCAUUGUCUUAAAGGAGCCUCCAACUAUUCGGCCCAAUUCUCCCUAUGACCUUUGUAGCCGAUUUGCAGCUGUCAUGGAGUCAAUUCAAGGAGUGUCAACUGUGACAGUGAAAUAAGCCCCCACGUGUUCAAGACCCAGCCUGGUCUUUGGUUGAUCGUCUGUUGCACAGAAGUCUGUUGUCACAGUGUUUAUACCCUAUGAAAGGGAUUAGGUGGGAAAGUGAGACUCAGAUCCAGAUCCUAACUAUGCUGUGUGUGUAAAGAAGGAUUGAAAAUAAAACUGCACUUUUUAGGUACAGAAUCAUAGAAGUGAUUUCACGAAAAAAAGUCAGGAACCAGUGUAUUAAAGCGUUGAUUUGUGGCAGAAGCCCUGAAAUGUCUCUUGUCCCUACAAGACAGCCUGGGCUUUUCUGAGCCUCAGAGUAUCCUUCAGGCAUAAGUAUUUUUGACAGCAGACUAGAAGGGUGAUUCAUCAGGACCUGAACUGUAUGAACAGCUACUCGUUAUUUUAUCAGAUACAGAUGACAUUAAAAAAAAUUUAACUGCAAGGGAGGAGAUGAAAAAAUGGGUUGUUGCCUGGCUCUUGACAGGAGAUGAAAAAAUAGGUUGUUGAUGAGCCGCCACCCUUUCACAUGUGGGUAGAACAUAAGGUCAUGUGGCAGUAAGAUGCUGAAAAGUCAAAGGAAAGCUGCCUCUCCUUUCUUUCUUCUAUUUUAUUUUAUAUUUUUAAAUAAACCGGAAAACCUCAUACUCAGUCCUGAGUGAAAGAAGGGAGAAAGCAUUAAGGACAUCAGAUGGAAUAGCAGCAUUGUGAAACUUGACUAAAGAUCACAUUUUCAAUGUUGUAAACUAUUUAAAGGUAAAAUUUUCUAGCAUCUGAAAAUGGCUAAAACGCAUGGCUAAGGCUCCUGCUGGUCCAGAAGAACAUUUCAAUGCCCCGCCCCCUUUUUUCCUUUUAAAAAAUAGGGGAUGUGGGUUUGUAAAAAGAAAAAGAAUAUAUAUAUAUGUAUAUGUAGAGAGAGAAAUAUCCCAUUGACCAUUUUUAAAAGGCUCCAGAUUGGGUAUUAUGUUUUAACCAAAUUUUAAAGAUUGCCAGGGGAAUUGUGGGAGGGUCAAAGACUUGCUACAACUAUGCAGAUUUUAUAAAUGUGCAAUAAAAGUAUUUGUUUUACCUUUGG